CCAACAGAGUAUAAUAAAAAUAAAAACCCGUUGUGUGAUUCUCAAUCCCAAUUCUUCCCAACCCACACCCCCAACCCCAACCCCAACCCAAGGCAAUAAUAGGCCUCCAAUUCUCUAUUUCCCCACACAAUCUCUCUCUCUCUCUCUCUAACCCUCGCCACGAAAUGGCCGCCGACACACCGUUCGCAAACCUCUCCGACGACGUCGUCCUCAACAUCUUCGGCAAGCUCGAAGACGACCCCCGUAACUGGGCCCGCCUCGCCUGCGUCUCCACAAAAUUCUCCUCCCUCAUCCGCCACACCUGCUGCAAGAACAAGUGCUCCCAAACCAUCCCCUCCGUCGUUUCCGAUCUCCUCUCCGCCGCACCCUCCGCCGCCGCCGCCCCUCCCGGCGGCUGGGCCUCCCUCCACAAGCUCGCCGUCUGCUGCCCCGGCCUCCUUCACGCCGGCAUCCUCCUCGAGAACUCCGACUUCGGCCUCGAACGCGAGCUCGGCCCCGACGAGAAUUACCACGUCAGCCCCAGAUUGUUCACCCAUACGACGCCGUCUACCAGCCAAACCGACGGUAAUAAUAAUGAUUCUGAGUCGGUAACUAUUUCUGGUUCUGAUCGUUCUUGGACCUUAUUUGACGAUCUGUAUUACGACACCGUUUACGACACCUCUGAAUCCCCUGGACAAACCGAGAUUAACGUAGAACAACACAAAAAUGUCAAAACGGGUGGUUGUUCUAUUAGGAGGGGUUGUGAGAGCCAAUUUCCUGUUUUUAAGAGAAGGAAAAUAUGCAGAUCACUUAGGUCACAUUUAGCGUCAGGGAUUUGGAACCUGAGCCGGGAGCAGGGGAACAAGUUGCUGGCGAGCAGGUUCAGAGGGGACUGUUUGUACAUCUGUGAUUGGCCCGGUUGCGUGCACAUGGAAGAGAAGCGGAAUUACAUGCUUUUCAGGGGGGUUUUCAAGAACUUCAAGAAGUCUAGGGUUUGGAGGACGAUAAAUGACGGGAACCGGAGCAAGGUUGAUUUGAAUUGCGCGUUUUGCUCAUGCAAUCAGACUUGGGACUUGCACUCGGCGUUUUGUUUGAGGAGGGUGUUCGGGUACCACGAUGAUGGGGAUCCGGUUGUUCGAGCUUAUGUGUGUGAGAAUGGGCAUGUCUCGGGGGCAUGGACGAAUUGGCCUUUAUACACGUAAAUUGGCUAUUCAUUAUCUAUAGUAUUGGCUAGAUUUGGAUUGUUCUAAAGAUUUGUUGCCGGAUGUAUUGUUGUACUUGAUCUUCUCUUUAUGGGCUUGUUGUUUCUUUAAUGUUACUAUUGGUAUUGUUUUUAACUUUCAAUUAUUUGCCUUGACGAAUUUGCUUUGAACUUCAGCAGAGAAUGGUGUGUUUUGAA